AUGGAAAAUGAAAACCAGAAAGAGGAAAAAUUAGGAGAAGGACCUCAAAUAUCAAGAAUGGAGCCAGUAACACAUGGUGCUUAUGGUGGUGGAUUAUAUGGUACAGAAAAAGGGCAACAAGAAAAACAAACAAAACCACCAGCAAGUGAUACACAAAGUGCUGAUGGGCCAGUUGAUAAGGACCUUAUGAAGCCCAAACACAAUCCUCCUCCUUCAACUGGAGAUCGUGAUGUAGAUAUCACUGGCCAAUCCUAUAUCCAGUAA